AUGGAUCAAGCCCAAUCUUUUGAACCGAAUAACUAGCCUUCCGACAACCAAAUACACUCAAAUAUUUGCGAUAACGAUGACCUAUAAAAAAAUGGCAGUCAAACUAGGCGAGCCUGGUCCCUCAAAGAAGACAACCAACUAAAAUAAGCCAUAAAAAUUUAUAGCACUAAUUGGCUCUUAGUUGCAUAAGCACUACAAAACCGCAACCCUUCCCAAUGUGCUUAGAGAUGGAAAAGAAUUAAGCCUUACAAUGUAUUUUUUAAUAAAAUUUCAGUAUAAUAUUCGGAAACCAUGGACAAGCAAGGAAGACUAGCUACUUUUAAGAUUAGUGCAAGUGCAUAACAAAAAUUGGGUUUAAAUUGCCAAAUGCAUACCCAAUCGUACCAGCAAGCAGGUACGAGAAAGAUUUGUUAAUAAAUUGAAUCCAGAAAUUAAUAAAGAACCUUUUACCAAGGAAGAAGAUAUGAUUAUAGUUGAAGGGUACAAAAACUAUGGAUCCAAAUGGUGCAAAAUAUCAAAAUUGUUACAAGGAAGACCUGUAUUGUUAAUUAAUUAUUAAUUAGGAAAACAUAAUAAAAAAUAGAUAUUACUCAUACAUUCGAAAGCGUUAUUUUAAUAUUGAGAAUCCAUAUUAUGUGGUUCCACAACAAAAUAAUGAAAUAUAGUAGUCAAUUCAAAAGGAGAAUAUAAAUUAACAUUAAGGCAAAGCCAACAGAAGAAGAAUUGGCAAACUUAAAAUUCGCAAAAGAUUUAGUGUAUUAACUUAAUUUAUCAAAGAGAUUGUCUAAUAAUGGAUAAGCUAGAAAUAAGGAGAAAAAUUAAAAUAAUAUAAAAGACAAAUAAUUGGAAUUAUUAGAUUAGGAAAUUCUUAAGUUAUAAACAGCUACAACUUAAGAAAAUAAUAAAUUAAAUAUUCAUCUCAAUUUUAGUAAAUAUGAUUCAAUAUUAAAGGUUAAUAGCCGGAGUAGGACUAAAUUUAAUAAUCAAAACAGAAUUAAGUUAUAAAAGAUGAACUUUAUAAUUAAUAAAGUUAGAUUAAACAAGAAGCAGAGCUUGAUUAAGUUGGCAAACUCGAUCAAUUUUAAGAGAGUCUUAAUAUAUCUCAAAAUUGUUAUGCUACUUACCCCUUAAUAUAUAAUGCUCCUUAGACUUAUAAAAUGAUGUAUUAUUUCCCACAACACAUACCAAUGCAAUUCAUACCUCAAUAUUUUAUGAAUGGCCCAUUUUUAUAAUAUGGAGUAUAAAGCUAGGAAACAUUGCUUUCUAGAUCUUAAGAAAUACAAUAAAAAAGCCAAAAAUUAUUAUGA